CCUAGCCAGUGCUUAUCGAAGUGUCUGAACAUUAAAUUUGCCAGACACGGAAUUAACCUUCAUUUGCAGUACCAAACGAAACCGCUUGCAGUUUUUAAUUUUCAAUUGAAAUGUUUCCUGGUUCAGUGUUGUAUUAGUUUCACACCAUUCAAUAUGCUAGUGCGCCGAUGUGCAUGAAAUUGUACUGAAAUUAACGUAAGUACAUCUGUCCGGUGCAAUGGCGCCGAUUCCCGUUACGACAGAUGCCUCUUCCAUCUCGGUGUUCAACAAUCCUGGACACCUGACGCUAGUUUCCGCCACGGCAAAGGAUGCAGAGACUGGGACCGUUACGUUUUCCUACAGCAAUCAAGGAGUUCCAGACAACCUUUGCACCUUAAUUAUUUCGUUGCGUCCGACAUCCAGUGGGCAGCGGUCCGGUUCAGUGCAAUAUUCCGUUGAACUUCACGAUGUCGCGGUUGAAACGAACACCAUUAAGAAACCCAUGGUGAUAACGUUCAGUAAAUCGGAAUUACUAUUGGGUGAAACCUACGAAGUAGCUGUGGAAGGUCAGGACUGUAAUUUCAACUGGGAGCGGAUCCCUCUCGGCAGCAGCUAUCUGAUCACCAUCCCCACCUGCUUGCAGACCACGAACAAUAACUUGAUGCUUUGCGUUCCGCCGGCUCCAACAAAUAUCAGAUGGAAUUUAACUUUACUGGAUGAUGUCCGCUGUUUAUCUUCUGCGGCUAUUCAGUGGGAUCGACCGGCAGUCUUGAAUAAUACUGAGCACGACAAUUCGCCGCAUUUGCCCAACUUCCGUUAUGACGUCACUUGGAGCAAGAAGUUUAUGUUCGAUAUGUCGCUCAGUGAUUACUCUCCACUGGAGGGCAGCUUGUUGAAUGUCACCCAAGAGCAGACUGAUGUGGAUGCUUUGACAAGUGGCACUUAUGACAUCAAAAUCUGUGCACGCGGUCCAGCUGGAUGCAGCCGAUCCGCAGAGAGUUGGAUUACAGUUUCCGGCUGUCAUAAUGCGACGCAUCAUUCGGACAACAAUAAUUUCGUUCUCCCAUCUGUGAACACUACUAUGCUGUCCACAACAAGUGCAGCUCUUCCACAGUCUGUCUCGACAUACAGCGGUUUUUAUGGGAUAUUUGGGGGACUCGUGGGAGCACUGCUGAUUGCGUUUGUUGUGCUUUAUAUGGUUAUCUAUCGACGUAAACCGUUUGUGUGCGCCAAGAAGCACCUUGCCAAAUGCCGCACCAACAAGGCCGCUGGUCAACUGCUACCACUGUGUCGGGGAUUCGAUAAUUUGCUGUAUCUGGAGAACGCACAGAAUACGUUCGGCGUGCAGAAUGACAUCUAUCUCCAUACUUCCAAAGAAGACAUUCCCCUUGAAAGCCUUCAGCCCAGAAUGAUUCGCGAAAUUGGAACUGGAGAAUUUGGCGUUGUCCAAGAAAUCUCCAUUCGACUGCCGUCAUCCGACAAGGAAACGCAUGUGGCUCUUAAAACCAUGAGAAAUUCAAUGGUGGAAUCUGAACGAAACUCCCUCGUCCAGGAAAUUCAGACCUUGAGAUCCGUUCCCACCCACAAGAACGUCGUGGCAGUGGUUGCCAGCUUGAUAAACAAUCAGCAGGUGUAUCUAUUGAUGGAAUUGUGUUGUUACGAUCUGCGCACGCUAGCUAAAAGGCGCCGAUUCACUUACGACAAUGAAUUUGCUGUGCAUCGCGAAUUUCUUGGCUAUGCGAUUGGUGCGGCGGAAGGCAUGGACCAUUUGUACCGCUACAAAAUAAUUCACCGGGAUUUGGCUGCGCGUAAUAUUCUGGUGACGGCGGAUGGUGUGGCCAAGAUAUCGGACUUUGGUCUGUCACGGACGAUGCAGAACCGGGAUUAUUACCGCCAAAUUUCCCAUGGUAAAGUUCCUUGGAAAUGGUUGGCUCCAGAAUCACUGGAAAGCUGGUGUUACUCGACGUGGUCUGAUGUGUGGGCGUUUGGUAUAACCAUGUGGGAACUGUUUUCUUUCGGAGACGCUCCGUAUCGUGACAUCAGUAGCAUCGAUAUCCUGUUUCAUCGUUUGAAGAACGAGCGUUACGUUAUGGCGAAACCGCAGAUUUGUCCGGAAAAUGUGUACGAGAUCAUGCUCGCCUGCUGGAAUGUUGACCCGAAAUGCCGUCCAGGUUUUGCUGCACUCCUGCAGCGUUUGUCAGCUGUUGUGGAAUGUUUGCCGUUUUAACUCUAGCUACUUUCCGACUUCGCAUUUUGCAUGGUUUUAUUUUGUCGUCUUGCAGUUUGGAUGUAAUCACUUUUCCAUUGUCCACCACCACUGCCGAUUUUUACGUUUUAUUGUGUAAUGGCCAGCUCAUUGGUUUUGCCUAUCAUAUCGCAUAUACAGUACUUUUUGGGUUCAUUUUACCGUAUCUCUUUGUCUUUAUUUAACAGUAUUUGAAAAGCGACUUGUUGCUGCAUAAUGAUUGUUGCUUCUAAUGGCCGCGAUACAUAUACACGAUA